UUGAAGAAAGGCAACAAAAGAAUGCACGCCGAAGAGCACGGCGGCAGAGUUUACCACCGGAGCAGAGGCAAGCAUUGCUGAAUCAUGUAAAGGAAAAUUACACUGCUAGGAGAGCCACUCCAUGUGCUGAAUCCAUCGCAAUGCAAUGCCCUGAGUUAGGUGCUUCACCCUUGAUCAAUCCAUUAUGUAGCAUACCGGCAUCAGCAGUUUUAAAUGGUGGGUAAGAAAUGAUCCCUAUUGUAAAUGUGGACACCAUCGCCGAGCCCGGUGCUUCAGCAUUGGCCAUCUCAUCAUCAAGCAUACCAACAUAUGCUGUUGAAAAUGAUGCUCUGGGAACCCUCCUUGACGAUGUGAUGGAUGAGGACAUAAUACCCAAGCCGGGUGCUUCACUGGUGGUCAACCCAUCCAUGCCACCAUUCACCAUUGGAACAGAUGAUGGUCGAGAUAACUUUCUCAAGGAUGGCAUGCAUGAGGACAGAAUCCCCGAAGAGGACAUGGAUGAGGAGUACUACUUGUUUGCCGGGGAAGGUGGGGACAACUGUGAGAUGUUAGAAACAGUGGACCUAGCAGAUGCCUCCGUUGUCGGUUCUAAUGUCCUCGAUCCUUUUGAACAUGUUUACUCAAAUAUCCCUGAUAGCACACACAUGUUAAAGCCCGUGGCAGAUUGCAACCAUUGUGGCGCAAAAAGGUUUGAGUAUGAGCCAAAGUCCUUUUGUUGCCGGGGUGGAAAGAUUAGGUUGAUGUUCUCCGAGCCUCCCCCAGAACUCCGGAGGCUCUGGUCGAGCCCAGAUGCUGACGCGAAACAUUUUCGAGAUAACAUUAGGUUCUUCAAUGGGCAUUUUUCGUUCACCACCCUUGGCGUAAGCCUUGAUAGCAGAUAUACCAACAUGAGGUCAGGGGUAUACACAUUUCGAGCACAUGGGCAAAUUUAUCACAACAUACAUUCAUUCGGUCCUAGCGAGUCAUGUCUCGGCCAUUUACAGCUAUACUUUUACGACGACGAUCCUAGCCUCAAACAUCGGUUUCGACACUCCCCUGGCCUUGACCAGGAGGUCAUUAGAAGGUUGGUUAACAUCCUCAGGGACAAUCCCUACUCUCAAACUUUUAGAAGUCUCGGCCAAGCUGCGGACCUUGAGGAAUUUCGUAUCUCUCUAAACACAGACCCAAGGAUGGACCAACGAACAUAUAACGUGCCAUUGUCUUCAGAGGUAGCUGCUGUGUGGGUCGAGGGAAAUGACCUUAUCAAAAAGUUCGACCGUAGUAUUGUCCUAUAUGGGAAUAACAAUGAAAAAUAUGGUAUAAAGCCAUAUUAUGGAUGCUAUGACCCCUUGUCAUACCCUCUGUUUUUUCCCAGGGGAGAGCUCGGUUGGCAUGCCCAAAUUCCAAAGGAGGGUGUGUCCUUGGAUGAGGUGCUCCGGUCCCAUGAUAAUGAAAAUGAGGACCCAGGUUAGGCUUCUAGACCAUUGUUGCUCUUUUCAUUUUAUUGGCUAUAAAUUAUAUCGCUUAACAUUAUUUUGUCCCUACCUUCCAAUAGAUGUUAAUACCCGGUUGUGCGUCUCUGUUAGAGACUACUACUGUUAUAAAGUCCAGAUGCGUCGUGGGAUAUUCAAUCCCAUAUUAUAUGGCAAGCGCCUUUUCCAACAGUAUGUUGUUGACAUGUACAUGAAGGUGGAGGGUGCAAGACUAGACUACAUCCGAGGUCACCAGAAGGAGAUACGUGCCGAUCUUUACAAAGGUGUUGUUGAUAGCAUAAAUGCUGGGGAAAGCCGUGCGGAUGCGGUAGGAAAAAUAACGGUACUCCCGGCACAAUUCAUCGGGGGAAAGCGAGAUUUUAAGCGAAGGUUCAUGGACGCUAUGGCCCUGGUUCAGAAGUAUGGGAAGCCCGACAUCUUCCUAACGAUGACCUGCAAUCCCAAUUGGGAAGAGAUAACUCGUGAGCUUGAACCUGGACAGACCCCCCAAGAUCGUCCUGAUCUCAUCGUUCGGGUCUUUCGAGCCAAGCUUGAGGACCUAAAGAAGCAACUAUUUAAAAAGCACAUCCUUGGCAAAGUGAUUGCUUAUGUUUAUGUUGUUGAAUUCCAAAAGAGAGGACUUCCACAUGCUCACUUCCUCCUAAUCAUGGAGUCUCGUUACAAGCUCUUAGUCCCAGAGCAGUAUGACCGUCUCAUCUCGGCUGAGCUCCCAGACAAGCAAAAGUAUCCAGAGCUAUACACAAUGGUUGUCAAACACAUGAUGCAUGGGCCGUGCGGGGUUCUAAAUCCCAAGAAUGUGUGCAUGCAAGAUGGAAUUUGUAAGAACCGAUAUCCACGUCCAUUUAACCCGACAACCGUCCAGGGAAGGGACACAUACCCUGUGUACCGGAGGCGCAACGAUGGUCGUCGGGCUCAGGUUCGGGGGAGGAUGUUGGACAGCAGAUGGGUAGUGCCGUACAACCCUUACCUUCUAAGGAGAUACAAC